CGCCACCCCCAGCACGGAGCCCCCCAGACAAUAAACUGACAACCGUCUCUUCAACUACAUUGGGCGUCUAGUCAUGCGACAGUCGUUGAGUUAAGCAUGGCAAUUGUGAAGUCAUUGCGCAUCGAUACAGCGCGCGUUCCCAUGCCCAAUCAUUGCGUAACUGCAACUGCGACUGCGCCUGCGCUGCCUCCUUGCCUGCGCCGUGAAUGUCCAAGAUGAACAACCCCGAGUUCCGCCAGACCCUCCACAACAUCUCCCACAACUUCGAAUCUGCCAAUCAAGCGGCUCAAGAGAACAUCUACACCUUCGCCCAACGUUAUGUUGACCCUUGCCUUGAAAGCGUCAAAUCCUGCAUCUACGCGUGCACUGCACCUUGUUUCCCCAACAGAGAGGAUAAUGUCCGACGAAGAAGGGGCCGGUCGCGUGGUAGAGCUGAAUACAACUUUGAUUUCUACAAUGCUUGGGAUGAUGACGAGGCGCUUGCCGACAGCUCCUUAGGCUGGGGCGACGAUGAGCUGGACAGUCUCCUCGCCGGGCAUGGUUCGCGAUCUAUCCAACCACGAAAACAAAGAGCGAUGAGCUAUGGUUCUAGAGGCCGAAGGAAACCCUCAGGGCUACAGCCAGACACUGCGCAAGAUCCCACGAUCAUACCAAGCUCGUCAUACCUAGGGUUUCUAGAACGUCUCCCAUGGAAGAUUGGCUCCAGGAAAUUACGGUACAAGCCUUCAGCCGCAGACUUGCAGGAAAAUCCAGGCGGUACGCGAGUGCGAGACGCUGAGAACCAGCCGUUGAUCGAGGAGGCAGACGAAGAAAGUGGUGCCUGGCGAAAGAGUCACGGACGCCAACGAAGCGAUACUGCCGCUUCGAGGUCAACCACCAACUCCCUAAGUUCGCGCGGCGACCUGAUCAUGAGCGAUGAGGACGAAGAUGCGCAGCCGCUUGACGAUGAGUUCGCAGUCAUGCUCAGCCGACGCAACACCAACCAAGGUUUCGCCGAAGAUCAAAGCAGUGGGAAAACCAAGACAUCGGGAGGCAAGCGGCCCGGGGUUUCUCGCAGUUCCACCCGCACAGUCUCGUCAAAGUCGUUAAGAAGUCCCAGUGCCAAAAGCACACAGAGGUCUGCCUCCCAGAAGAAUCUGGCGCCGCUGCCUUCUGAUGUGGUCGAGGAGCACCCUGAGCCUCCGAGUUUGAUGGACCUUCGGCGGGAAGAAGAGCAAGUGGCACAAGAGGAGGAGCUGGAAAUCAAACAGAAACGCGAGGCUGCACAGCGCUUAGCUCUACGCAGAGGGCUGAGCUCGCGUGAUGUUCAGAACAUGACCAAUGCGGAAGUUAAACCAGACGACUUGGACGAGACUGGAAGCCAGACGCCGGCAAAGCUGGACGUGUUGGAACCGGAUCCUACAUCGCCCAUCGAAUCAUCGUCUACAGAUGCACAGGCUCGAGAAGAAGACGAGCCGUCGUCGGCAAGCGUAGGACAACCCGAUGACGCACAAGAUCCUACUUGAUCCACGACACGACACCCUAGGUCAUUAACACGAAGGCUACUUCAUGGCCAUUGCCGUUAGAUGGCAAUGUUCCAAACACGCGAAGAUUUCGAUCACGAAGCCACGACCAGUCACCUCCCCGACAUUGGCUUAACUCACAGAAGACAAAGUUAAUGCCUAUGACCCGAUGAAAUAUCUCCCCCUGGCUGCAUUGCUAGCCACUUACGACUUAAUGACGGGGGAGGAUGGCUAUGAGUGUGUGAUGCUUAAUAUUGUAUAGCGCACAGUUGCCACCACACAUAGUCUACAUAGCCGCUGUACUUGUAUUGCUGAUGAGCAGGUCUGAAAC